AUGUACAAAGCUCAAACGCUUCAUGCAUCCAUCGUCAAGAAGGGUCUCGAGGACAAUGUUUAUCAGUGCAAUCUCCUCCUUCAAGCUUACAUCAAAUCCCACGCCUUAUGUAGUGCCCAGAAACUUCUGCGUUUCAUGCCCAACCCCAAUGUCGUUUCACACAACACUCUUCUCUCAGGCUACUUCAGCUCUGGUUUGGUUCCGGAAGCCUUGGAAGCUUUCACUGCCACACCCACGAAGGAUUCUCAUUCAUGGAACAUACUCAUUUCUGGGUACGUGAAAAACCAGAGAAUUGAAGAUGCCAUGGAGCAUUUCGUGAAGAUGAGACAAAGUCCUGUUAAGCCCGAUGGAUGUAUGCAAACUGUGGGGCUAUCGAGGAUGCAAGGAAGGUGUUCGGUGAAAUGCCCAUGAGAGACUUGGUUACUUGGAAUGCCUUGAUGUCUUGCUACUCUAGAUGUGGGUUGGGUGAUUUCUGCUUAAGUUUAUAUAAGCAAAUGUAUAGAGAAGGAAUUUUGGCUGAUGAGCAUACUCAUGCAAUAAUUUUAAAUGACAUGGCAUCUCACUUGCGACUGAUGGAAGCAGUGCAGGUCCACUCAUGUGCAAUUAAACUCAGCUUUUGCUCUGAUCCAUUCAUCACUAAUUCCUUGUUAGAGUUGUAUGCAAAGUGUGGCUUAAUUGACAAUGCAUUGGUAUUGUUUGAGGAGAUUCAAGAUAAGGAUGUUUUUGCAUGGACAACAAUUGUUACUGGUCUGUCACAGAGUGGACAUGUGGAUGAAGCCAUGUGGCUCCUUUAUGAAAUGCAGUUGGCUGACGUGGAACCGAAUUCCUUCACCUUUGGCGGCAUGCUUGGUGCCUGCGCUGCAAGAAACACCUUGCAAAGAGGAAGACAACUCCAUGGUGUUGCUAUAAAGUAUGGAUUUGAAAACAAUUUGGUGGUGGGGAGUGCAAUUUCAGAUAUGUAUUCUAAA